AUGGCAGCAGCCCGGAUGCGGCUGCUCUCGCAGCCCGCGCGGGCGAGUCAAUUGGCCUCCGUCGCCCGCGCCUUUCACUGCCGGCAAUCAGCCCCGGCCCGAACCCACCUCGUCGCCGCCUGGCCGCCAGCAGCAUCACCACCCUCAGCAUCAUCGGCAUUAUCACUAUCGCGAUCCUUCACAUCGUCCCGCCGCCUCCUGCUGAAAGAUCCCGACAACCGUCCCCCGCCGCCGCGCACCUACUUCCAGCCCGGCGACAGGCCUCCUCCGCCCCAAUACCAGUCCCUCGACGACUUCCAGUCCCAGGCGCAACUGCAGCAACAAGCUCAGCCUACAUCACCAACGCCACCUCCCCCGCCGCCGCCGCCACCCUCCUCCUCGGCCCAAGAACCCUUCUCCGAACCUGGCCCAGAUAGCCAGUCCCGUCCUCGCCGGCGCCGGCGGUUCCUCAGCUGGACGUUCCUAGGCUGGGUCGGCGCCAUGCUCGCCCUCGGCGCCUACUUCGGCCGGCGCCUGCGGGUCAUCCUGCUCCCGCCGCAGCCCGAGCCGGGCUCCGAGCUCGACGAGAAGGCCACGGCCCUCGUCCACAAGAUGGCCGCCGACCUCGACAUCGUCAAGCGCCUGUCCGCCGACCCAGACUACGAGUCCUGGCAGGCCUACACCCCCCGGCCGCGGUCCUCACCCUCACCCUCUUCCUCCUCCUCCUCCUCCUCCUCCUCCUCCUCCUCCUCCUCCGCCGCCGCCACCGACGACGAAGCCAGCCUCGAGGACGCCGCCCUCGCCAUCAUCGCCGCCGGCCUGCCCCACACGCCCGAGGCCGUCCUGCAGCGCAAGGACCGCCUGACCACGGGGCCCAUGGGCGGCUACCGCGGCCUGGGCGGCUACCAGCGCGUCUGGCGCCACCGGGCCACGGGCGAGACCGUGACGGUCGUCUUCCUCGGCCCCGCGGUGCAGGGGUGGCCGACGUACGUGCACGGCGGCGCCAUCGCCACGCUGCUCGACGAGAGCCUCGGCCGGUGCGCCGUCGGGCGGCUCGCGGGCGGCACGGGCGUCACGGCGCACCUGCGCCUCGGGUACCUCCGCCCCACCAAGGCGGGCCACUUCUACGUCGUGCGCUGCCGCUUCGUCGACGAGGCGGACCUGCCCGAGCACCAGCGCCCGCGCUUCAGGGCCGCGACCGGCGCCGGGGAGGAGGAGGACAAGAGGAGCCGCAAGGCGUGGGUGCGGGGCGUGCUCGAGGACCUCGACGGGCAGGGGCUCGUCGAGGCCGUGGCGCUGUUUGUGGCGCCCAAGAAUAUCAAGCUCGAGCGCAUUGACGACAAGCUCUGA